CUGCGAACCAUGAGGGGAAUCGGAAUCCUGUUGGCGGUUGCUGUGACCUGCGGUUUCCUGGCGGUUUCCGCCGUAAACCUGCCCGGAGUGCCCGUGGACUUCGACGUGGACGACCACAUCCUGUCCGCCAUUGCGGACGACAUAUCCGAGCGCCUGGCCAAGGAGUACGUGACCUACUUGAAGACCGGCGUGGAGACGCCCGAGUUCCUGAAGCUCACCAACCAGCUGGCCAAGUCGCACAGCCAGAAGGACAUAUUCACCAGGAACAUGCCCGACCUGGAGCCCAGGGACAGCUUCUUCGUGUGCGUGGCCUGCCGGUCGGUGAUGCGGGUCUUCAUCCGCACCAUUCGCGACGAGGAUGGCGAGCUGCACGGCGAGGACAGCUCCGUGCUGAUGAAGAACUUUGCCAUGGAUGUGUGCCGCCGGCUGAACCUGCAAACCGAGGAGGUCUGCGAGGGUCUGAUCGACUCCAACCUGCCCACCUUGGAGUACAUUAUGCGAAACUCCGAGAGCGACUCCCAGAGCUUCUGCUCCCUGUUCAUGGAGUACAGCUUCUGCAACACAGGCUCCAACGAGGCCUACAACUGGACUCUGUCCGUGGACAAGACUGGAGAGCCCCUGAGCGGCCCCAAGUCCGAUACGCCCAGCUACAGCGAGUCGGACAUCAGGAUCUGCCAGUUCACCGACAUCCACCACGAUCCCUUGUACACGCCCGGCAGUCUGGCCACCUGCGCCGAGCCCAUGUGCUGCCAGAGGAACAAGGAGACCACCGAGGGAACCAGCGAGGCGGCUGGCUACUGGGGUGACUACAGGGACUGCGAUCUGCCCUGGCAGGCCUUCGAGUCCGCGUUGGACAACGCUGUGGUCAACACCAAGUGCGACUAUGUCUACCAGACUGGCGACAUCGUGGACCACAUGGUGUGGGCCACCUCCGUGGAGAAGAACACCAUGGUCCUGACCAAGGUCAGCGAGCGCAUCAACCAGGCCUUCGGCGAUGUUCCCGUCUACCCCUGCAUCGGCAACCACGAGCCCCAUCCCCUGAACCUCUUCAGUCCCGAGGGCGUGCCGGAUGAGAUCAGCACCAAGUGGCUGUACGAGCACCUGUACAACGACUGGUCCAGGUGGCUGCCCGCGGAGACCAAGGAAACGAUCCUCAAGGGAGGCUACUACACAGUGGUGCCCAAGAAGGGAUUCCGCAUCAUCGCCCUGAACAGCAACGACUGCUACACGGACAACUUCUGGCUGUACCACAGCGGAACCGACAAGAUUCCGCAGCUCCAGUGGUUCCACGACACCCUCUUGGAGGCCGAGAAAGCUGGGGAGUACGUCCACGUGCUCACCCACAUCCCGUCGGGCGAUGGCACCUGUUGGUCCGUGUGGGCCCGGGAGCUCAACCGCUGCAUCACCCGCUUCAGCUCCACUAUUAGCGGCAUUUUCACAGGACACUCGCACAAGGACGAGCUCUUCGUCUACUACUCGGAGGACGAGGGCCACGCCACUGCGGUGGCCUGGAAUGGCGGCGCCGUUACCACCUACUCGAACAAGAACCCCAACUACAGGGAGUACGCCGUGAGCCCCACCACCUACGAGGUGACCAACCACUGGACCUGGAUCUACAACCUGACCGAGGCCAACCUGACCCCGGACGAGCAGCCCAAGUGGUUCCUGGAGUACGAGUUCAUCAAGGAGUUCACCGAGGACACGAGUCCCGCCGGAAUCGACAAGCUGCUCGACCAGUUCGCCGAGAAUCCAGCCCUGUUGAGGAAGUACUGGCGCUACCGCGUGACCUCUGCUGAUCCCCAGGUGAAUGCAGGUUGUGAUCGCACCUGCCUGGCUGGAUCUCUUUGCCGCGCCGCUGUGACCAUCAAUUCCCAGCGAGGACGCUGCGAGGAACUGCGGGAAAAGCUGUUUGCCUCUCUGGACAACGAGGAGAACUCCUCACCCGGAGGCGAGGCCACCACUCCUGGACCCGGCACCACUCCAGGCGACGACAACGGCGGCGGUGGGUCCUCCACCCUGGGGCUGCUCAGCAUCAGCUCCCUGCUGGCCGUAGUCCUCUCCAUCCGCCUUACCCUCUAGCUAUCUAGUAAUCCUCUCCUGUACCCCUAAUCUAAGUUAUAUAAUGAGAAUGGAUUCCAUUCUAAAAGAGUCCACUCUCGAGUGGCAAAUAGAAGUAUGCGCUUAUCCCUACCGAA